CAUAACAGUCAGACUUUGCGUCUGCUUGUUAGUGCGCUACGAAUUUAUUCGUUUUUAAUACAAUUUUGUUUCUGUAACGCAAAACAUUUUUUUUUUUUGCUUCGGGUGUGUGCACCGCAUAACGUAAUAAUAUGUAUAAAUGACAUUCUUGUUAAUCACGCGACUAAAACAUUUAUCAUUACACUAGUGCUUUUAAUGAAUACACGUAGAUAUAAUUAUUAUAUUCAAAAAAAUGUAUACAUCGACUUCACGAAACAUUUAAGAGGAGUGCUGUCUAAUGUUUACACCAGUAUAUUAUUCGUAGACGUACAACUGAAAGAAUAUUAUACCGCUGAGCUACCUGACAACAGUUAAAAUAUUAUCCAAAAGUAAAAACAAAUAGAGUUCUUCAACAAACAUUUCGGAAAAAAUUCGGAUAUUGCAGUCAAAUAUUAAGUGGAUAGAGUGAAAAGUAACUGAGCAAAAAGUGUUUACUCUCUAUACAAGGAUUAUAAACGCAAACAGGAUAGAGAAUUAUUCAAGAACUUAAAAAAAGAAAAGAAAAUAUUAAUAAUUCAAAAAAUAUAGCAGUAUUUUUCUAAUCAAAAACAACCUUUGAAAUUAGAGGGUUCAGCAGCAACUGAAGCACUAGCAGCGGCGUCGACACAGGAAUCGAACCGGAAGUAAACCGAAAAACUUGUUUCGAGCCGUCGUAACCUAUCUGUGCACAGUGCGACAACUCGCCAUAAUGAUUCACUUCCGGUCCGAGACACCGUCACAAUAAUAUGUUCACGUUCGCGUACACGGUCUUAUUGGUUGGGGCGUGCGCGUCCUGGCCCCCAGCGUCCGGCUUCGGCGGCGUCAAGGUGAAGAAAUGCUGUCCCAGAGACACGAUACUGAAGAUCGACAUGAGCUCGUGCACGGAAUACGUGCCGGGUGACCAGAACGAUCGCGAGUCGUACGGCUGGUCGUCAGACAGCGAGUCCGACCCCGACUCGGGUGAAGUAAUAUCUAGCACCCUCGUCGACGACAUCAAGCUGUCCUUGGCCAACAGUACCACCGUGCCCUGGUGGGUACCGUACGAAAUGGAGUUUCUGAGGGCUUCGAACCUGUCCAUGGCGUUCAAGCCGGAUCUGGUGUCGUUCGACGCGGACGGUCGGAUGCCGUGCAACGCGAUGGAACGUGAGGUGACGAUAAUCGACGACGACGUGGCCGUGCUGGACGACGGGCGGCUGAUCAUUUUCGGCCAGGAGAAUCGGACGACCGGCAGCCACCAACGGUUGACGUUCUCCAGCGCCGAGUAUUGCAUCGACCGCGUGUCCCUGCUGGACAAUAUUACGUUUCCCGGCGGCCGUAAGAAGGACGACCAUCGCCACAACGUCGCGACCGCCGCCCCGGCCGCCAACUUGUCUGCCACCGCGGUUCUCACGUACACGUACGUGGCGUUGGUAUGCCGGCCGUGCUCACGGAUCACGUGCGUGCCGAAGUGCUGCGCCAAGGGAUACAUGCUCGAAUACCAGAAGAACAAGGUACUCGGGUGCAGGAGGUCGCUGUCCGUGGCUAACGCCAACGCGGCCAUACACCUGAAGGCCGCUAACGGGACGCAAUUGACACGUAAAGACUUCUACUUCUUCGGCAUGAAGCCGCCGGACUGCGGAGGCCGGAACUGGUACUUGCUGAACAAGUCGCGCAGCGACCGCGGCCCGUUGGACUACGGGUUGCUGCCGGACGGCCGCGUGCAGGUGGACGAGGGCCUGGUGCCCAUCGAGCGCGACGAGUACUGCGUGGACGCGAUGAACGUGGUGCCGGACACGCCCGUGGCCGCCGGCACGCCGCCCACGUAUACGGACGCCUUGCUGGCAUGCCGGUUGGACGGCGGUGCCGCCGCGAAAGCGACCGGACUCGACACCGCCGCGGCCGACAUCGACGGGCCGCUCGAGUUCCGGGAGAUACUGUACGGCACGUACUUCGUUGUGGGCACCGCGUUCCUGGCCGCCACGCUGCUCAUAUACGCCGUGCUGCCCGAGCUCCGCGUCACCGUCCACUCGGGCAACCUGAUCGCGCACACCGUAUGCCUGUUCGUGUCGUACGCCACGCUGGCCGCCACCACGCUGGUCCGCCAUGCGUUCAACACGGGCGCCUGCAUCUUCGCAGGUUUUCUCAUACAGUUCUCGUUCCUCGCCGCAUUUUUCUGGCUCAACGUUAUGUGCGCCGAUAUUGCGUGGACGUUUAGUGGAUUCCGAUUACUGCUGUACUCGAAUAAAAUCGAAAACGAGAAGAAAAAAUAUAUAAUUUAUUCGAUAUAUGCGUGGGGAUGUAGCAUUGGAAUCACAGUACUAACGGCUUUAGCUGAGUUCACCGAAAUAUUUGGUGAUUGCUUGGAUAUUAAACCCAAUUUUGGUCGUAAAGGUUGUUGGUUUUCAAACAAGCCGUCAGUAGGCGUAUUUUUUUAUUUACCAAUCGGGAUCCUUCUGUUAACAAAUUUCUUAUUGUUCCUGUUCACUGCAUUUAGAAUCGUUUUCAUCCGCAGGGACACAUCAAAAGUAUUGAAUCGCCAAACUAAUCAAAAUAAAAUAAGGCUGUCGCUGUACCUGAAGCUGUUUUGUCUGAUGGGUGUCACCUUCGUGUUCGAAGUGAUCUCGUGGGCGGUCCAGGUGCCCCCGUACUACUGGUACGCGACCGACGCGGUGAACUCGCUGCGCGGCGUGUUCGUGUUUUUCAUAUUCUGCUGGAAACGGUCCGUGAUGAACCUGUUGCUGGCGCGGGCGCCCGAGUCCGCACGCAAACGUUUCGUCCGGACGUUCGGGUUACGCGACACUCACCGAUACCCGAGCUUCUCAUCGUCCUGCCACCCCAAUAUGCACAGCUGUCGCACCAGUAGUGCGCGCACGCACAGCACGUCCACUAGGAACGCCGCGACCGGCAGCGGUUCGAUUCAGCUGUCGCAGUUCAGCAGCUCCGCGUCCAUCGUGGCCGGUGGGCCGGGGGCCGCCAAGGGAACGACCACCACCAUGGCCGGGGCGCGCCAGUGAACCCCGAUCGCCACACAGACCAAGCCAUCAUCCGCAUGCUAUCGUAUGGAACGUCAGCAAACUUCGGAGUGAAUGGCAAAUCAUCAUCAACAUAAAUGUCAUUGAUUCAUUAACAUCAUAAAAUAGCAGUGUACAACACGUCGCAGGGGUAGGUAUACGGGUACCUGCUCUCUUCCAGUAAUAGAACUACCGUCGGUGCACCGUGUCAAACCGUUACUCAACACCUAGUGCGUGACCCAGGUUCAUAUUUACCUUUAUUUUCGCCCUGGCGGUCUUUUGCAACAUUUCAAUUCGAAAAGAUUCUAACUAUUUCAUUGAAUUCAAAAUUAAAUAAUAUUAAGUACUUCAAGGAUCUAUAAGAAAAAAACAUCAUACCUCCCACCGAUGAGAAAGAUAAGACGUAUUUUAGUACCGUUGUAUACAUAGUACGUAUUCAUUUAAAAUUUAAAAUUUGUCUAUUCGUUUCCUACAAAAUAACAGAAAUAUAAACCACCAUGUUGUCCAGUUAUAUUUCAAUUUCCGAACCCAAGUAUAAUGAAGCACUACAAUUUAUUUAAAAAAAUAUUUUUGAUAAUUUUGAUAAUUCAUCCAAUAUAAAAAUCAUGCAAACAACAUAUCUUAAAUGUACCACGUUCUAAAAGACACCUGUUAAUUCAAUGACUAUUGUUGCAUCAACUCGACGGGUUUAUGCAAAUUGUAAGAAUAAUAAAUAAUAAUAAAAUAUACACUAUACGACAACGAUGAAAUGUGUUUUUCUUUCUUUCGGUCACUGUAGAUUUGU